UAUGGGGAAGGCAACGUCGACACCUCUGCUCUUCCAAUCAAAGCUCCUCUGUUUCUCUCUGUUCUACCUCUUCACCUCUCUGUUUCUCGCUCUCUACACCUCUCUCUCCCAAUCCCAAUGCUUCUUCAGAUCUUCUCCCUACGACCCAAUCCAGACCCCUCUCUUCUCCUACCCUCCCUCCUAUGGGGAGCACAAGUACGCAAUCCCAACCCACCGUUCUACUUGCUCUUCCCCUGUCUUCUUCUCAGAUUAUUGGACGGUAUUGAAGGAGAUCCAAGAUUUGUGUAAGAAUUCUUCGUUGGCUUCGCCGGUUUUGAGCUAUAUGCAAGGCCGGGCUGAUAGUUUUGGUGGAAACUUCAGUACCCAAAAAAGAUUUUCUUAUUUUGACCACGACAACACUAGCGUAGAACUUCCUUGUGGAUUCUUGAAGAAAUUUCCAAUUAGUAAUUCCGAUCGAGUUGCAAUGGAAAACUGUAAAGGAGUGGUCGUAGUCUCGGCAAUCUUCAAUGAUCAUGACAAAAUCCGGCAGCCAAGAGGCCUUGGAUCCAAAACACUAAAUAAUGUAUGUUUCUUCAUGUUUGUAGAUGAUAUUACCCUCAAAGGACUUGAUUACCACAAAUUAAUUUCUAGAAAAUCCAAGAUAGGCGCAUGGAGAAUCGUUAGAGUUUCUAGCAAAGACUUGUAUGGGAAUCCAGCCAUGAAUGGGGUGAUUCCUAAAUAUUUAGUUCAUAGACUUUUCCCAAACUCGAAAUUCAGCAUUUGGAUUGAUGCGAAGCUGCAGCUAAUUGUUGAUCCGCUUUUGUUGAUUCAUACACUUGUUGUCUCUGAGAAAGUGGAUAUUGCCAUAUCAAAACACCCAUACUAUGUUCAUACUAUGGAAGAAGCAAUGGCGACAGCAAGGUGGAAGAAAUGGUGGGAUGUGGAUGCAUUGAAGUCUCAAAUGGAGACAUAUUGUGAGAUGGGGUUGCAGCCAUGGAGCCCCAAGAAGCUACCCUAUACCUCAGAUGUACCAGACAGUGCUAUGAUCUUAAGGAAGCAUGAGGUGGGCAACAACCUCUUCUCCUGCCUAUUGUUCAAUGAGUUGGAAGCUUUUAACCCAAGAGAUCAGUUGGCUUUUGCAUAUGUAAGAGACCAGAUGAGACCAAAGCUCAAGAUUAACAUGUUUGAGGUUGAGGUAUUUGAGCAGGUUGCUGUCGAGUAUAGGCACAACCUUAAGCGUAUUGGUGAAGAAGAAGGGUCCAGAGGAGUACACAAGACCAAAAGAACCAAAAGAGCAAGGGCAGAUUUGUUGUAUGUUAAUGGCAGCUGUUGCAGCAGGUGCCAGAAGUAUCUUUUGGAUAUGUGGGGUGAAUCCCAUGAUUGAUUUUUGUCUCUAAACUAUGAAAUUAA